GCGCUGUUUCUCAUUGUGCGGUGAGGGUCCCAGUAUGCUAGUUUUAGACUCCCGAUCAUUCGUGUAUAAAAGGAUCGCUGCGGCGCACUCUCGAAGAAGGAAAACAUCACCAAGCUUCAACCACCUUGAGUUCAAUCUAAACUCACAUUAAGACGGGAUCGGCACUAGAGAACUACCCUCAUACAAACCUCGAACUACUCCUCAGCACAUACCACCUAUCAUCCACCAUGCCUGUUCUUCCAUUCCACUCCGCUACUCCUUCUCCCUCAACUUCUCCCACUUUGUCGCAUACACCCUCAAUAGUUCUCCAUCCCGCAUCGGGCGCUUCAUCAAAACGGGAGUUACACAAGCCGAAACAGGACCCUGCGGAAGCGUACCGUCACCGCUACGCGCAGUAUCUCGCAGCGACUUUCAACAUGUCGAUCCAAGCUGCGAUGGCCGAAGCUGAUACCCAGUUGGCACCUCGUCGAUCGUCGAGUAUUUCUGAAGCCGAGUCGUUGAGGGAGAUUUAAGGUGGACAUGGACGACAUGGCGGGGACGUACACGACUUUACGAAAUAUGCAUGGAAAUGGUGCUGGCAUUGGGAAGGGGUCUUCGGCGCAUACUCAUAUUUGUCGAAAUCAAAAGCUUCUUUGUUCCUUGUGACUCUUUUUGUGACACGACCCUAGGUGCUUUCGCUAAACCAGAGCGUUUCACAGAUCCCGCAUUGGAGGUGAGGUCGUGCUUAUCUACUCUCGUCCGCUGAAAUGGGUUUUUGCGUGGGACGAUUCGACAUCUAUGUUGUCGUGAGGCAGAUAGUCAUUGCGCAGUACAACUGCAAUACGAAUAACCCCGAACCAGCCUAGUCUUCACAUUCAAAUGCGACAUUCUAUACUGGCCAGAGGGGCCUCCCACAACGGUCGUGGCUCGAGCUGAAGCAACCAAGGCAUACGGUCC